AUGGCUUCAUGGAUUGAAGAGCUCCCACACCCACCCCACCUCAACAUCUCUAUUACCAUAGACAAUGUCACUACAGUCAACCCGGCUGGACCAAUUCCGGCCAACUUUGGUGACUGUCUUUACCUCUCAAACCUCGACGAUGUGGUCGGAUCUCGGGUUUUCACCCCAACAGUUUACUUUUAUGCAUCAAACAGCUUGAAUUCUGAUCAGAAACCGGUCGGAAAGAUUCUACGUAAUGCAUUAGCUAGUGUCUUAGUUCCUUACUACCCGUUUUCCGGUCGGCUCCGGGAGGCCCAAAAUGGGAAAUUGGAAGUCUAUUUUGGGCCCAAACAAGGGGCCCUACUGUUAGAAGCCCACUCAGAGAUGUCCAUAAGUGACCUUGGAGACCUAACAGUUCCAAACCCGGCCUGGGCUCCAUUGAUCCAUAGGGCCCCCAGUGAAGAGGCCUACCAAGUGGUGGACAUGCCCUUGGUUAUAGCCCAAGUAACAACCUUCACCUGCGGUGGCUUCAGCCUUGGCUUACGCCUCUGCCACUGCCUCUGCGACGGCUUAGGUGCCAUGCAAUUCAUAUCCGCUUGGGCCAACACCGCCCGAACCGGCACGGUGGUAACAAGCCCGAUACCAUGUUGGGACCGGGAAUUUUUCCGGCCCAGUGACCCACCCAAGGUUAAGUUCCCUCACACCGAGUUCAUGAGCAUCGAGGACGGUUCGACCCUCACUUGGACCCUUUGGAAGGCCAAGCCGGUUCAGAAGUGUUACAGGGUGAGCCGGGAGUUUCAGACCGAGCUCAAACGGUCAGCCCAGCCCAACGAUGGUGGCACGUGUACGACCUUUGAUGCAAUGGCAGCACAUGUGUGGAGAUCAUGGGUGAAGGCACUCGAAGUAACACCUCUGGAUUAUGAACUUCGGUUGACCUUUUCUGUGAACGCUCGCCAGAAGCUUAGCAAUCCACCGCUUAAAGAAGGGUUUUAUGGUAACGUGGUUUGUUUGGCUUGUGUGACCAGAACGGUCUCGGAUUUGGUCGAAGGGCGGCUCAAAGAGACGACCCGGUCGGUUCGGGAGGCUCGUCUCGGGAUAUCAGAGGAGUAUGUGAGGUCGAUGGUGGACUACAUAGAGGUGAACCGACCAAGGAGGCUUGAGUUUGGGGGGAAAUUGACGAUCACGCAGUGGACCAGGUUCUCCAUGUACGAGUUGGCGGAUUUUGGGUGGGGCCACCCGGUUUAUGCCGGUCCGAUCGAUUUAACACCAACCCCACAGGUCUGCGUGCUUUUGCCGGAGUGUGGUGAGAAUUGUAGCGUUGAUAUGGUGGUGUGCAUUUGCCUGCCUGAUUCUGCUUCCGCUAGAUUUAGAGAGAUCUUAUAUCAAAUUGACUAA